UUAUAUUUAUGGACUCAAGGAUAAGAAGGCACGUGAAAAGGCCUGCAAGCUCCUGUUCAUGGAUGAAUCAAGCGAGUACAAGAUGUACGAGGCAGAGAAAUUCCUCAUGCUCUACCUGGCCAUUGAGAUGUUUGAGGGCAUGAGACACGGGCAAGAUGUCCCCAAUUUCUGUGCAAUCCUUUUCUCAAGGGACACAUCUUUAGACCCUUUUAGCUUCAUGCUAAAUCACCUGAACACCAUUGGUGACUCUGGUUACCUUGAGCAGAUUGAGAUGUUUCUUCCUGGAUACACAUUACAGCUGCAAAUGCAAACCUUCAGACUGUACAAGUAUGACACAGAGGAAUUUGAAGUUAGUUUCACUGAUGUAUGUGGGAGGGACUGGCACAAGAUCACCCUCCUGACAGAGGACGACAGACAUUAUAACAUACCUGUUACCCACCAAUAGGUAGAGGAUGAAACCACAAGAGCCUCUGAGUAAAUCAUGUUGGGUGCUGGUGAUAAUCAAUAUUGAGUCAUGACGGAGUGGGUCACAGCCCGAUUUGUUUUUUUGAGUUGUUUAAUAUUCUGGUUCUAUAAACAUUUCCUUGUGGACAGCACUUCCUGCUAGGUACAGUAGCAACCACAUAAUGUAUGAAUCUUUUUUUGACAAAUCUUCAUAGGACUAUGAAGUUAUAAUGUAUAUAUUUGGAAAGGAGAGUGUAAAAAACUUAUGUUAAAUAUUUUAAAUAAAGCACAGGUGAUGCACUUGAGUUAAGGGUAGUAAUACUAAAUUAAUAGUAUCCAAUCUGAUUGUAACUCUUUUGAAUCUAAUAACUACAACUGAGUGUCACAAAAGCAUCGCUAAUGGGAAUGAUCCUUUGGU